AUGUAUAAAGAGAAUGGUCCACCUCCCGAUGAGCCACGGAACCGAACGGAGGCCAAGUACCGCGUGCUGAGCGAUCGGGAUGGGCUCGCAGCAAAAGAAGAAGAGACGAGUUGCUGCGUUCCUCCUGGAGAUGAUCCGCACCGGCAGCGAAGACUUGCGCUCAGGAGGGAUGUGGGAUUGUUCAGCAGCAUCACCUUUCUUCUUAGUGCGACCAUCGGUACUGGCAUCUUCAUAACUCCCGGCAGAGUACUAAGGAAUUCAAAGACUAUAGGCAUUGAUAUGCUCAUGUGGACUAUUGGUGGACUAAACGCAUUCAUCGGUGGUCUAUGCGCUGCCGAACUGGGUGCGCUUCUACCGUCAUCUGGCGGUGACUACGCGUUCUUCCUCGCCGCCGGCAGGCCGUACGGAAAGUACGGUGACGUGCCGGCCUUUCUUCUCGCCUGGACGUCCUUCUUCGUGGAUCCUUCGUACAUGACUAUCCAGGGGCUGACCUUCUCGGCCUACGUGCUCAGUCUGCCGUACCCGAACUGCGCUCCGCCUAACGAGCUGCUAGUCUUGGUCGCUUGUCUGUUCAUAACUUUGGCAACAGCCGUCAACUGCUUCUCCGUUAAGAUAUCCUCAAAGGUGCUGGACGUCCUUUCCGUUCUCAAGUGCUCAUUCCUGUACGCUGUGAUCAUCACAGGAGCAAUAUACGCAUUUCAUGGUAAUCAUAUCUUCGAUUCCCAGCCUUCGGACACUCCUCCUUCGGCCGGCGAUAUAGCAUCGGCUCUGUAUUCCGCGAUCUAUUGCUACGUUGGAUGGACUUGCAUCAACUACAUCGCCGAAGAAAUCAAGAAUCCCGGCCGGAACAUCCCCAUCGCCAUAGCCGUCAGCACCGCCAUCACUGUGCUCACGUACCUACUCAUCAACCUGGCGUUCUUCGUCGUUCUGGACGCCGACACCAUAACAAACACCGACGUUCUAGCCGUCUCUUUCAUACGCGCCACGUGGGGGCAGGGAAUGGCCACCGUCAUGCCCUUCAUCAUCGCGAUGACCGUGUUCGGGACGACGUGCGCAUCGGUACUCGUGUCGUCGAGAAUCUUCUUCGCGGCCAGUAGACAGGGUCACCUGGCUCGCGUCAUGUCCUACGUGCACGUGGACAGAUCCGUACCGCUUGUAGCCGUCGUGGCUCGCUGCCUGAUAUCCGUGGCCUUUGCCCUCACCGGCUCUGUCCACUUCCUGAUACAGGCGAGUAUCAUGCUGAGCAACGUCAAGGAAGCGGCGAGCGUCGUCUCUCUGUUCCUCCUGCGUCGCUCUAUGCCGGGCGCAACGAGACCUUACCGUGUACCCACUGUCGUCGCCGUGUUGAGGCUCAUCGUUUGCUUCGCCCUGGCUACCGUGACCCUAGUCCAGGUUAGGCGGUACGCUUAUCAGUACGCGUUGCUGGCGAUCGUGUUUGCGACGGGGGCUGUCUACUAUUACUUUUGUGUCAGGAAGAAGUUUCGGCUUCGCGGCUACGAAAAUGUGGCGGUGUUUGUGCAGAAGUGCUUCAAGUCGGCCCCCUGCUCCGAAGAUUUGGAAAGACAAAAUGUCCACUUGGACGAGGACGGAGGAAAGAAGAUCACAAAACGAGUGCGUCUAAACCUGUGA